AUGGAUCAAAAUCCCACGUUUCCUUCUACUACUGCAACCAGCGUGGAAUUACAACUGAAUCCUGCAGUUAAUGAUGGCGAAAAUAUAGCAUUAACUGAUAACUCUAAUUUAUCACAUGCCGUCUAUUCACAUAUUCGAUCGCAAAGUGGGAGUGAGAUAACCGUUGAUGCAAAUGCGAAAACGGCAAAGAAUAGCAAUACUGUAGAACUUGGCCAUAUUGCUCAACAAUUGUAUAUCAUCAGAAGAUUGAUAUUUUUCGUGUUCUUUGUGAUUUACAUCAUUUCUAUACCAAUUUGCUUGUUCUAA